CUAAACGAAUUUACUUGAUAAGCCUAAAUCUUAUCAGUACAGUGACAAAAAGAGGGCAAAGAAGACAUUCUAGAUCGCAGUGUUUUCCAUCAAUACAGCUCAUUAUCGUGAGUGACUUUCUACUUAACCAAUAAAUUAUCCGAGAAGAUUAUUUGGUGAGUAAGGGAAGAAAACAAGGCGGUCUUUCAGGAAAUGGCUCUCUUACCGUCUUCCAACACCAAUUCACAUACACACAUCUCGACACUUUUUAGCCCGAGUUGCGCCUCCUCCAUUCCUCCUUCAUGCUCUUAGUGUCUUGAUAGUUAAUACAUGAUAGUGCAGUGCAGACGGUGUACACAUGGCAGUGCUAAGAGAACUGGUAGUUUUCCCUUCAAAAUGUUUUAGGGGGGUUCGAUCAUAUUUUUUUUCUGCUCCUCUGUUCCAAAAUGGAUCUCUUAAACUCAACGAAUCAGUUUCAAAAGACGGCCAUGCAUUAGAUUUUGAACAGAGCGAUACGAAAAAAAUGAGCAAAGCUAUGAAGUCAUACAUGGAGCGUGCAAAAAUCCAUGACAAUUUCAUCAAACAGCAAUUACAUGAGUACAACAUAGGAAAACGACAUUUGGCUAACAUGAUGGGGAAAGACCCUGAGUUCUUCACGCAAACUGAUGUUGAUGAGGCUAUAAGAUAUUUGUUUCCAUCUGGGCUGUUUGACCCACGAGCAAGACCAAUGAUGAAACAUCCUGAUGAGAUCUAUCCUAAACGUAAGGCAGCAGAAUUUGAUGUUAAUGGGCGACCCUAUCACAGUUUGUUCUACACAUCAAAACCAAAUUACUACACACUCAUGCAUGAUUUAGCAGUAAAAUUUAAGCAACUGGAUAGACAUGAAGAUAAAAUAAUAAGCAGGGGAAUUCAAAACCAAACACCUACAGAAUUGUUUCUGUUUGGGUCUGAAUGGAUACCAAAACAAAAAAUUGAGAAUGUUCUUCUUGAGUCAUUGACUGAUGCUCAGUAUGCGAAUUUGAUCAAAACGUUCGAACGCUUUAGUCAACAUCCAUAUUCUGUCAUCGAGAAAGAUUUCAUCAUGCAAUUUCGACGUCAACUAGCUGCCCAAGUUGAAAUACAACAAGUUCCUGAGUUGAUGCGUGAUGAAUCGGGUCGCCCCUACAUGACGUAUAAUGCCCGGCGAAAGACCUCUAAUGCUACCGUGAAAGUAAUUGGUCAGGGUACUGGUGUGAUUAGUAUUAACGAAACAGACAUACACUUUUUCCAAAGAGAACAAGAUAAAAAGCAGAUAAUUUUCCCUUUACAAUUCAACGAUAUGCUAGGGAAAGUUGACGUUGUGGCUACUGUGGAUGGCUGUGGCACUUCUGCCCAAUCGGGUGCGAUUCGCCUUGGCAUUUCCAUGUGCCUGAGAUCUUUCGUAAACGCAGAGACCAUAGAGCGCAUGCGUUUGGCCGGACUUCUUUCAUUUGACCCGCGAACACGUGAAAGGAAGAAGCCCGGUCAAGCUGGUGCUCGAAAAAAGUUCACGUGGAAGAAACGAUAGUCGACUUUAAAGUCUUAUGGAUGAGUAAAUACAAAUUAAUCGAUACAUUU